CGUGCGAAUCUGGCAACACUUGCAACGAAUUUUGCUUGUCAUCAAUUUUGCCGCAAAUAACUAAAUUUUGUGGCCAAUUCUAUAACAAAAUCCACUCCCCAAAUCUAACGCUGGGUGUGUAGCAACUAAAAAACACAAUUCGAAAGCAAGCGAAUAAAAAUAGAAACAAGAAAAAUGCCAUCUCUGGAGGUAAGUGUAAACAAGGUGAUAGUCCAUCCGCUGGUGCUGCUCUCUGUGGUGGAUCACUUUAAUCGCAUGGGCAAGAUUGGUAAUCAGAAGCGUGUGGUAGGCGUCCUUUUGGGUUGCUGGCGUUCCAAGGGCGUUCUGGAUGUGUCCAACAGUUUUGCAGUCCCCUUCGAUGAGGACGACAAAGACAAAUCAGUUUGGUUCUUAGAUCACGAUUAUUUGGAGAACAUGUAUGGCAUGUUUAAGAAAGUCAAUGCCCGCGAGCGUGUGGUGGGCUGGUAUCAUACAGGACCGAAACUGCAUCAGAAUGAUAUUGCCAUCAAUGAGCUCAUUCGUCGGUAUUGUCCCAAUUCUGUUUUGGUUAUCAUCGAUGCCAAACCAAAAGAUUUGGGAUUGCCUACCGAAGCGUAUAUAGCUGUGGAGGAAGUGCACGAUGAUGGUUCGCCAACUAGUAAGACAUUCGAGCAUGUGCCGAGUGAAAUUGGUGCCGAGGAAGCGGAAGAGGUGGGCGUAGAGCAUCUGUUGCGUGAUAUCAAGGAUACCACAGUGGGCAGUCUAUCGCAACAAAUCACCAAUCAGCUGAUGGGUCUAAAAGGUCUCAAUGCUCAAUUGCGCGACAUCAAGCAAUAUCUGCAACGCGUGGGUGAUGGCAAAAUGCCCAUCAAUCAUCAGAUUGUCUAUCAACUGCAGGACAUUUUCAAUCUCCUCCCAGACAUUACGAGUGAUCAGUUCACUGGCACCAUGUACGUGAAAACAAACGAUCAGAUGCUGGUCGUCUACUUGGCCUCGAUGGUGCGUUCCAUUAUAGCAUUGCACAAUCUGAUCAACAACAAAUUGGCGAAUCGAGAUGCUGAAGAGGGCAAAAAAUCCAUUGAUUCCAAUGAUAAGGAUUCAAAGGACAAGAACAAGGAGAGCAAAGACAAAGAUAACAAGGACACAAAAGAUAAAGACGCCAAAAAGUCCGAGGAGAAAUCCGACAAGAGCAAGGACGAUGGUGGCAAGUCAACAAAAAAAUAGGAGCGAAAGAAAAAGCGCAAGCCUCGACGCAAACGCAAGAAGCAGCCGCCCACACCGGAAUAAUAGGAAACAUUGCUCGUUACAUUAGCAGGACGAGGAUGAGGAGGAGCCACCAAUCACCAAAAUUAAUUAUCGUCAAAAACAACAUUGUCAAAUUGCAUAUAUAUAUCCUCAUCAUUUCUCCAUCAAAAUAUCUGCUCUAGUAAUUAUAUUAUAAUAUAUAGAUACACAGAAACUUGCUUUGCAAUUUAACAAACAAAAAAAAAAACUCCUUUGUUAUUAUUUUUGUCCUCAUAACACUUAAAGGCCAGAUUUAUGUAAUUAAAAUUUAAUUAAUUUAAAACCAAUUUCAAACGCUCAACGUUUUUCAGCGAAAAAGGGGACAUUUUUCAAUUGGAUUCGAUAUGGAUAAUCGAAUGCUAAAUAUAUGUUUUGCUUGAUCUAUUGGAAAA